AUUACUGUAGCUGUGAGUAAAUGUGAAAAUAUGCCGGCGCUAUCUGCUCAAAUUUACUGUUAUCGUGUAGUGCAUACUGCAAAUUUCGAUUAACACAAUUACAGUAUCGUCGGCACAUGCCGUAUCGUUUAAUGAACUUGUGGCAAGCGCUUCUCCGUAAAGCACUUGAAAAAGACAACAUAUUUGCAGCUUGACAUGCAUCCUCCAAAAUUUUGUUGCAACAUUCGCGGAAACGAAGCGUAAAAUGCUGGACGUUCGUAUUUGGCAUUUCCUAACAAUGUAUUCUGAAAAAUCCGUUUUGUGUAUAGUACUCGUUCUUCAUCUGUGUGCGAUACAACUUCUGUCAGGUGAACCAGCGAACUGCGUUCUCGUUGACCAAACCGAUGCCAACAUUGCUAAAAUAAUUCUCGUUUGCCGUGGUCCUACUCGUGAUCUACAGCUCUUUGCUAAUGAAGCAAAAUUUAAUGAUUCGUUGUGCGUUAUAAGAGAGUCAGUAUUACGAGGUUACUGGGAUUUGCAUGAAAAAAUCUACGAAUGUGCAACAUAUUAUCCGGGCCAGUAUGCAUGCAAAUGUGGACGAGAUACAUCUAACACCAUCAAUAAGGCGUAUGUGUUGGGGCCAACAGGAAGCGCAACGUCCGUAACGAAUUCCAACAUGGGGGUGGGAUUCACGGACGCUCUUGGCGAGACCACUUUCCCGAAGAACGUAACUAGUGAACCGUUGCCGAGCAGUUAUAUUUCGUACGCUUCCGACAAUUUUCUUUAUAUUGUUGGCGGGGUGUUUGGAGCUAUGAUGCUGCUGGUUCCCACGAUGUGGUUUGUGAUGAGACGCCGGAUGCGCAAGCACCACUAUACUGGAGUAACGGUGCAUGAUGGAAAUGUCAAAGUACAAGCCAAUGGAAAUAAAAGCUGAAGCCUGAAAAAUAUUUUCUGCCUGCGCAGGAUCUCGGAUCACCCAUUGAUAUCCAAGGUGUCGCCGGUAGGCUGCAAUUCCAGUUGGCUAGCACGAUUUGUGUUUUGUUUUAACAAAAUUUACCGGUGCAGAGGCCAGACAAUUUCGUUUCGUGAUUUCCGGUGCGAAAUAAGUUGUUUUAUAUAAUUAUAGUAACAAAAAAUGCUCGUGAAUUGUGUUAGUUUCGAUGUAAAUGAUAAUUAUGAAUUUGAAUAAUAUAAUGAAUGGUACGAGUACAAAUUUGAAGUACAGAGUACAAUAGUCCAGUGCCGGGAGAGGUUGCAUAGUCGACCGAUGCGAUCCGACUCUGUACAUUUCUCAAAACCAUUGUAUCAAUUAAUGCAUCAUUGUGCACAGGAGUAGCGUUUUUACUUGUGGUUAACAUCGAUCGCAGCACUGCUUCCAGGCUCUGCACUGAUCAAGUUCUGAUUAUAACAUGCCCGAUCGACGUCACUUUCGAUUUAAAGCCUUGUCUCGGGACAUAUUUGCGCUGCCGGUCUUGUGGUUUUUCACAACCUGCACUUUUAAUUUAGGAAUUAAACCACUU